AUGAAAAUAAAAUAUUUUUUAAAAGAUUUAAUACCAUUUUAUAAUAAACCAAAAUUAGAAAUUCAAAGAAAUUUAUAUUAUAGUUUUUUUAUAUCAAUAAAUCUUACUCUUAGUGUAUUAUUUUUAGUUAUUCCAGUUUUUCGAAAUUUUUUUAAUGUUUAUUUUGCAGUUUUCAAUACAUUAUUUGUUUGUGUUGGAGUUCAAAGUUCUCAAUCAUUUUAUGUAUUAAUUAAAAAUCAAUUUAGAAUAUUAUUAUCAGUUAUAAUUGGAUUGGUGGUUGCAUAUAUAUCACACAUUUUAACAUUUAAUCAUGUUUGGACAUCAGUAUUCAUAACACAACCAUUCAUUUUCAUUACAAGUGGUAUAAUGAUUGAAUCGACUUUAUUACCUUACAAUAUUGGUAAACUUAUGUAUAUACCAUACUUUAAUUUAGUUUAUUUUAAUAAUCCUUCAAGUAGAUUCGAUGUUAUACCAUUUUUAAAAUUUUUAUUAACUGGUGUAACACCAUUAUUCUUGGUAUUAGUAACUGGAAUUAUAUUCAAUAUGGAAUUCUCAUCAACAUACUUUAUUCAAACUUCAAAAACCAUAUUAAAAACCAAUAGAAAAUUCGUAUCAAUAAUUGAAAGAGAAUUUGAAAUUAAAACAUUGGAAGCAAUUAAUUAUCCAUUAAAAAAUUCUUAUCAAAAGAAUAUUGUUAAAAAUUUAACUAAUAGAAUAGAUUUUGAAAAUAAUAAAAAUAAUUUAAAUGAAAAUUCUCCAAUAAUUGUAAAUCAAAAAGAUGAAGAAGAUGAACAAUUAAAAAAAAAGAAAAUUUCAUUUCAAAUUCCAAUAUUUUUAAAACCAAAAAAUCAAGAACCUUUAUCACCUUUAAAUUAUAUUGUUAAAAAAGUUCAUUUAAAUGAUAAUGGAUCACCAACUUCAAGUUUAAAUACUGAAUUUACAACAACAUCAACAAUUGAUAAAAAAUCAUUAAAAAUAAAACCACCACCACAUUUAAAUUUAAAUGGUGAAAAUCAAGAAGUACAUGAUAAACAUGUUAUAGGAAAAGAAUCAAUAUCACAAUCAAAAACAAUAACAACAACAACAACGACAAUGAAUAAUGAUGGAUUUAAUAAAACUCAUAACUUUUUUAAAAUUACAAUGGAAAAAUUAAAUAUUGUUUCAUCAAGAAAUUUAAAUAAUAUGGAGAAAUAUUUAGUUGAAGCAAAAAAAGAAUUUUGGAAUAUUGAUUUAUUUGGUUAUUUUAAUGAAUUAUCAUAUCUUUUAGAAACAAAUCAUAAAAAACUUUUAACAAUUAAUACGGCGGUAUUAGAAAAUAUUGGUUCUGAAACUUCACAAACUCUAUUAGAGAUAUUGCCACAUUUAAAUACAUUAAUUUCAACACUUGUAAAAAUAUUUAAAAUUAUGGAAAAACAAAUUGGUAAAAAGUAUAAACCUGCUCAAUUUACAACACAAUUGAUUAAUGAUGAAAAUUUUGAUACUUCUUCAUUUUUUCAAAGUAUUGAUAUGAAGAAUAUUUCAGAUAUUAAUGAUUUAAAAAAAGGUAAACAUUUUUUAAAAUCAACUGAAUCAAUUCAAAGAAUUAGUAAUCUUAGAAAAUAUAAAACUUUAGAAUAUUCUCAAUAUAAAAUUUUAAUUUGCUUUGAUUGUGUUGAUAAAACAAUUAAAGAUAUUAAUAAUAUAUUGGGCGAAGUUUAUGAUCCGGAAACUUCAUUUUCUGUUAAAAACAUUGAUGAAGAGACAAGAGUGAAUUUCUUAAUAUCAGCAUUUAAAAAGUUUUCAAAAGAUCAAAAAGUUUUAGCAUCAACAGUUUUCCUAUUAUCACAUAAACUUUGGGAUAAGAAAUCUGGUAGACGUCAACAUAUUACAAUGAUUACUAAAACUUUCUCAAAAUGGUAUAUUAAUAUUUUAAAAAUUAAAAUUAAAAUUUCAAAAGUAGAUUAUCCAAAAGAUUUUCCUCAAUUUCAUAUAACUUUAAAAGAAAGAUUUAAAAUCAUUUGGAAAAUAAUUGAAAAGAGAGUAUUAGGUAAAUGGAGAUACUCUUUGUCUUUCUCAAUUGGUGUUAGUGUAUUUUCAAUUAUUUAUUAUGAAUUAAAAAUUCAUAGUAAUUUUAUUUUAUUUAGAAAUUUAGCAUGGGCUGUAAUUACAUAUUCUUUAGUUAGCACACCAACUGUAGGUGCAUUGACAUUUUAUUCUAUACUUCGUGUUAUUGGUGCUGUACUGGGCUCAAUUUUAGGCUACGCAUGUGCAGAGAUUUACUCUAGAACCACAGAUCCUGGAAGAGCAUUCAUUUUUACAUUUUCAACAUUUCUAUUUACAUUUUUAAGUUGUGUAAUGACAAGAGCAAAAAGUUUUGAAAAAUUAGUUACAUUUUUUAUAAUUUCUUUUGUUGUUAUUGCAUUUCUUGCAUAUCCUUCAAAUUCACCAUCAGUGAUUACAUCACUUUUAAGAAUGAUGCAUAUUCUAUUUGCAGUUUUAUUAGUACUUAUUAUAUCUUUACUAUUUAGUCCAUUUUAUGAACAUAAACAAUUAAAAUUGAAUCUUUAUCAAUUUCCAUUUAAAAUCACUCAAUCAUUUAAUUUCUUAAUUUGUAAUACAUUAAUUGAUCCAAAUGUUUUACCAGCAGAAUCUAGACAAUUAUUUUAUAGAGCAAGUAAAUUUAAUUAUAUUCAACAAAGUUUACCAAUUGAAAUGAAUCAAAAACAAUUUAAAGAAUUAUUAUCAAAACAAUUAAAUCUAUUACGUUAUCAAAUUCCAAUUCAAAGAACUUUAUUAUUUCAUUCACGUUAUGAAUUAUUACCAUUUCAAAAAAGUAAAUAUUAUCAUCUUAGAAGAUUACUUUAUACUGAAACAAAAUUAUUUCAUAGUUUAUUAGCUUUAGAAUUUAUAACAAUUUCUGCUUUACCAAAAAAACAUUUAAAUGAAAUUGGUAAAUUAAUUACAAAUAAUUUAUUAAAAUUAAUGUCAGAAUUGGAUUAUUCAACAAGAUCAUAUAUGAUAAAUAUUAGAUCAACUUUAAAGAAUGAAAGAAUUGUUCAAGAGAAUCAAAGUAAAAAGAUAUGUAAUGAAAUUGCAAGAGAUAUUGGUGAAUAUAUUUAUAAAAAUCGUUAUGAUAGAGAAUCAUUAAAUUUACUUCGUUAUUGUAGUGCAAUUAUAUUUUGUUUAAUUUCAUUUAUAGAUUUAUUUAAUUUAGUAUUUGAUAAAGUUGUAAAAUUAUCAAAAACAACUGUAUUUAAAAGAAAUGAUCAUUUAAAUAUUUAUUCACAACAACAGGAAGAGGAAGAAGAAGAAUUAAAAAUACCAACUACAAUGAAAUCACCACAUAUCACUGAAUUAAUGAAUGAAAAUGCAAUUAAUGAAAUUAUGGAAAAAAGAGAUCAUCAAAUUAAAAAAGAAACAGAUAUACCUGAUAAUUUAUUGGAUAAUAUUAUCGAUUCAACUAAUGACCAUGAUUUUAAAGACGAAGUUUAUUUCAAUACAACUGAUAACCUUGAUGAAAGUGGAGAAUUUGAAAUUAUUACUGAUAUUAUUAAUGAUCAAUCUUCUCCACCUAAAAAUAUUGGUAGUCCAUCUCAAUAA